GAGUUCAAGGUUUCCAGCUUCGAGCAGCGCCUCAUGCACGAAAUCGAUUACCGCGACGGCAAAGUCCGACUCCAGUCGGAGACAGAGACCGAGUACGACACGGACUACCCCGAGGAGCGAGUGACCAGCUCGUCUGCGCAGGCGCCCGAGAUUGUCCAGCCACUCAAGGACUUCCGGCUCAUAGAGGGCACGGAUGUGACCUUUGUCGCUAAGGUCACGGGCAAACCUAGACCGAAGAUCGCCUGGUACAAAGACGGCAAGCGCGUGAAAUCUUCCACACGGUACGAGAUCAAGUACACCCAGGACGGCUACUGCACCCUGAGGAUCCGCUCUGGCCUGGCCUCGGACACUGGUCACUACACCGUCCUGGCGGUCAACUCGGUGGGCAAGACCACGUGCUCCGGACAGCUGUUCGUGGACGUCGUGGGCAACAUUGACGCCACGUCAUUUGUCUCGCCGGAGACGCUGCAUAGGAUCAUGCGUCGGGACUCACUGAGAGGCUCCCGCCGCGGCCCAGAGGACGAGGGAGGCGUGUAUGAGACAAUCUCCAAGCCAGAGUUCAAGAAAGUUCCCGAAGACCUCCAGGUCCGAGAGGGUAACCCGGUGAGACUGGACUGUCUGGUCACAGGACGACCCGCGCCGGAACUCUUCUGGUACAGGAACGGCGUGCAGGUGCACAGUAACGACAAAACGCGAGAAGAUGCAGCCCCCCAAGUUCAUUGACCGCAUGCAGAACUUCACUGUGGGUGAAGGUCAGGCCGUGACCUUGACCUGUCUGGCCACCGGUGUGCCCACUCCCAUGAUGAGCUGGCAGAAGGAUGGCCGCAUGCUCAGUGAACUGGACUACAGAAUCGAGACAGACGGCGGGAGGUCAAGCCUCCACAUUGACAACGCGGAGCUGACCGACUCGGCAUGGUUCCAGUGCUCGGCUGCCAACGUGACCGGCCAGGCCACGACUCGCGCCAAACUGAGCGUGCAGCCAGACGUGAGCCGCCUCAUGAUGGAGCCUCAGACACAGACCCAGGCCCCGGCUAGACGGGUCGUCAACUCAUCAGCUACGCCUCGGACUCAGAGCGAGGCUACCUACGUCUGCUGGACGAGACAGACCUGCCCAGAGCUGGAGCUCCGACAGAAGGCGUAGAACCUGAGCCCAGAUACAUCUCGGAGACAAAGAAAGAGUUCGAGCCCCAGCUGAAGCCAGUGACCGCCAUCAUCAAAGUGCCGCCGCCCCCCGUGGCGCCCAAACCCAAACCCCAGUCGGUGGUGUCCAG